AUUAAACAAAGAAGAUACCAAGUUGUAAUGAUGGUUUACUGGAGCUGAUGAUUCAGUCAAGAUAUGAAGGUCAAUGCACUUUAAUACAAGCUCAGAUCUAUUCUGACAUGCAACAGAAUGAGCAAUGAAGUUUCUUCUUAUAUACCAAGUAUAUACUAUAACAUCUAUAAACAUCGGGGGCUACCUUUUUCCCCAGAGGAAUACAACUCAACAAAAUGUUCCCUAGCUAAACAUAGUCGUAGACAUGGUGGCACCUUCAGCUAUUAACACAUAUUCUAUAGGUCAUAGGUUACAUGGUAAAACAUUCUAACAAAAGUGUUGUUUUGUCUUCUCUAGGAGGGGUUAUAGUAUGAGAUGGGUUAUAGGAGGAUUAGUAGACUUUUGGACAAAGCCAGUCACUGAUAUUAACCAGCCUUUACUGAGGGCAGUGGACAUGCUGGUGAAAGAAAGAGAAGAUCACAAUGUUUCAGAGAGAAGUGCCAAACACUGUCAAAACAAAGGACUGGCCUGCAGAAUUUUUGAGGGUUCAGAUGCAAAACAUCAACUUCAGGGUUUCUAUGAGGAGGUGUCCAGCCCUCUGCUCUUGGAAGUGGACUUGCGUUAUCCUGAAAACGCAGUGGACCUCUUGACCCAUAACCACUACAGCCAGUUGCUUAAUAGUUCAGAGAUUGUGGUGGCCGGUCUGCUGACCAACAACGACCCUGAUAACUUCUUGGUGCUUUUUGUCUGACAUGAUAUUUUAAUGACGCUUGUGCUGUGGAUGGAGAUCCUCAUUUCAUGAUUGAGCUGCAAGAGAGAGACGAUGCUCUCUGCCUCAACAUCAACGACAAACCAGGAACCAUUUUCAGACCCAAAAUCAGGUCAGCCUUAUGUUAGUCUAACAUCUCUUUGUGAGAAAUAUGAGAGGGAACAACGAAUUCAAACCUGUCAUUAUUUUCAGGCUUUGUGGUGAAUAGACAAAUUAUCGGCAAGAAGUUGUUUUAGACGGUAACAUCAACACCUAUACAACACCUUUACAUACUGUAAAAUAAAUGUUUGGACACUGGAUCACUGGGGAAGUAUUCAGUGUGACACCUUCAAAUGAUUCAGUUUACUGUCUUUUAAAAUAAAGAAAAGUAGCAACUGGCUCAUGAGGUAGAGCAGGUCGUCCACCAAUCAGGUGAUCGGCAGAUCAAUCCUCCAGUCUGCAUGUUGAAGUGUCCUUGGACAAGAUACUGAACCUCAAAUUGCUCCUGAAGGCUGCACCAUUAACACAACCUUUAAUGUGAAUGUGUAUGAAUGGUUAGCUUCCAAAAACUAAUGAGCAGUUGACACCUUGCAUGGCAAGUAAUUCUAUCAGUGUAUGAAUGUGUGUUAAUGGGUGAAUGAGAUAUGUGGUGUAAAUGCUCUUUGAGUGGUGGAAGACUAGAAAGCCGGUAUGUAAGUACAGUACGUUUACCAUUUAUAGCUGUCAGAUAAUUGUAGUGGAGUAAAAAGUACAAUAUUGUCCUCAUACAGAAGUAUUUAAUACUUAAGUAAAUGCAAUUAGCUAGAUGAACUCUGGCUGCAAAACCUGGUGGUAUAUGCCAUGCCAGAGCUUGCUCUGACAGUUCAGCAAUUAGACCCUGAAUAUUUUUUUUAUAACAGCAUAGUUUAAUGUAUAUUAUCACUGCAUAACAUUAUACACCAUUUUAAAGUGUCAAACAUAAACAUUUAAUGUGUUUUCUGAUGUCAGUGGCUGAUAAUAAGUAAUGGUUGAUGUAUACGUAAUGUGAUUACAUUACAACAUGCAUAAUGGUGAUGUAGUAAUGUAACUAACAAAACAGGGGAAUAAUGUAUCUGAAGAUUUUUUUAUUAAGUGUCUCAAGAACUGUAUUUCCUUACCAGAUUAAAAUGGCGAACAUCACUAACUGUCUUGUAUAUUUGUAUGUUGUACUUCAGGAAAAUAUUCUUAAGUCACACUGGAUUGUACAUGAUUGUUUGUGGUCUUCUUCUGUAUGCAUGUGAUGAUAUCUUGGUAGAUGUUUUAACUUCAACGUCAUAGCAGGAAAAUCACUGCCCUAACACAAAGUCAAUUUAACUAGGCCCUGCGCUGGUUCACUUCAGGGUAACACAUGCCACGGCAAUGUCUCACAACUGUGCUUUGUGAUAUGAUCCUUGAUUCAUAAAAAUACUCCCCUACUCAAGAAAAGGGGACAAUAACUAAUUGGUAUAAUGCACUGUGUGACUGUGGUGUUAACCCACAAGGGGGAACCUGUACACUGGUGAGUGCAGAAAAUCCACGCACAAUCUCAACUCUCACUUUAACUCUUACAUAUUGCAAGCCUUGCACCACAGGAGAUAAAUAUUAACCAGACAUCAUCCUGUGGAUGUGCUUCUUGUGAUUUUAUGAUUGAAAAUUUGUAUACUGACUAAGAUAGAUUAUUGAGAUUUAAAACUAAACGUUUAGCAGCCACUUAAAUCCAGCCAUCCUGUUUUUUAUAUUACAGGUCAUUACAUUAAAUGUUAAUCUUUAACAAGACUUUGACAUUCUGUAUGUGACUACAAUA